AUGGCGCGCUUCCACCGAGCGACGUCCCUCCUCGGGCUCUUCCUCCUCGCGCUGUUCGUGCAGACCCCGUCCAGCGCGGACGCGGCGCGCACGCUCAAAGGGAGCGUCGGCAAGAGGGACAAGGGCGCGAUCGAGAUCAACCAGGCGCGUCGCCGCCAGGACGGGUACAGCUGGAACGCGGUCACGAACACUUGGAGCGCGUCGAAAUCGAAGGCGUCCUCGCACGCCGCGCCGAGGAUCGCCGCGCAUCACGACUACCUCCAUCGCACCGUGCACGGAUACGUCGACGGGUUCGCGCCGAAGGCGCGUCACUGGUUCCCACACGACCCCAUCGGCGCGGUGAACGCCGAUCCUCGAGGACUUCGCCGAUCCUCGCGUCUCUCUCCGCGCGCCUCUCGGUUUCGAUCCCGAAAGACGCGCCUCGACGCCUCACGACUCCUCCCAUAUCUGACGCCUUUGAACUCCACCCCGACGUCGCUUCGUAUGGGCAAACACCCUCAGGAGUACUCCCCCUUCGUCGCGGCGGUGCUCACGUACACGCUCAUCUUCCUCCCUUUUUGUCUCGCGGCGGCGUUGUAUCGCGAACUGCGGGCGAUGCUGAGCGUGCAGAAGCUUCUGUUCGUCGCGAACGUGUACAACGCCAUAUACUGCGCGUGCCUCGUGAUCCUGAACGUCGUCACCGGGAACGAGCCGAUGUCGUCGUUGCAGGCGUCCAACGAGGCGGAUUACAUCAUCCUUCAGUUUCUCAAAGUCGUCGCGUUCGGCGCGUUUAUCCUCCUCCAAGUCGUGCACGUCUGGAUCCUACGGAACACGAACGCGGAGAACAUGAAAGUCGGCGCCAUCUCAAACUUGCUCCUGUCCCUGUGCGUUGGGUUACACUACUUCCUCCGCGUGUGGCUGCCCGCGAUGCACGGGAUGCCGCCGCGGAACUCGAGCCUGUCGUACCUGCUGUACACGGUGAUUUUCAGCGCGAUGGCGUUGACGUUUUACGUCAAGCCCGAGAAGGGCGAGAGAGCGCAGGCGGCCGCCGCGACCGCCGUCGUCAUCGGCGACGAGGAGGACAAGCAGAUUUAA